CAGUGUGCAGCUGGAGCAGGGAAACGGGGAGCUGUGGGGCCCGCUAACCCUCGGGGCUGCUUCGUCACCGAGCGUCCCGGGUUGCUGGCCGAGCCGGGCGCGGUGCAGGAGCCCCUGCGAGCUGGAAGCCUCGGAGCGGUUGUUGUGGGGGCCGCAUUCCGGGGGGCGUCGAGGGCCAGGGAUGCGGCCGGGCCUCGGGACUUGCAAACUGCGGGCCCCCCUGAAGCGGAGCCGGAUCCUGCACAUGGCGCUCAUGGGGACAGCUGACCCCUCCCGAGAGACCAGCGAGGCGGCGACGCCCUUCGUGCUGCGGGCCCUGCAGAUCGCGCUGGUGGUCUGUCUCUACUGGGUCACGUCCAUCUCCAUGGUGUUCCUGAACAAGUACCUGCUGGACAGCCCCUCCCUGCAGCUGGACACCCCCAUCUUUGUCACCUUCUACCAGUGCCUGGUGACCGCCCUCCUCUGCAAGGGCCUCAGCACCCUGGCCACCUGCUGCCCGGGCGCCGUGGAGUUCCCCACCUUGCACCUGGACGUCCACGUGGCCCGCAGCGUGCUGCCCCUGUCGGUGGUCUUCAUCGGCAUGAUCACCUUCAAUAACCUCUGCCUCAAGUACGUGGGCGUGGCCUUCUACAACGUGGGCCGCUCGCUCACCACCGUCUUCAACGUGCUGCUGUCCUACCUGCUGCUCCGCCAGACCACUUCCUUCUACGCCCUGCUCAGCUGCGGAGUCAUCAUCGGCGGCUUCUGGCUGGGCGUGGACCAGGAGGGAGCCGAGGGCACCCUGUCCUGGGUGGGCACCCUCUUCGGCGUGCUGGCCAGCCUCUGCGUCUCGCUCAACGCCAUCUACACCAAGAAGGUGCUCCCGGCGGUGGACGGCAGCAUCUGGCGCCUCACCUUCUACAACAACGUCAACGCCUGCGUCCUCUUCCUGCCGCUGCUGCUGCUGCUGGGCGAGCUGCAGGCGCUGGGCCGCUUCCCGCAGCUGGCCAGCGCCCACUUCUGGGCCAUGAUGACCCUGGGCGGCCUGUUCGGCUUCGCCAUCGGCUACGUGACGGGGCUGCAGAUCAAGUUCACCAGCCCCCUGACGCACAACGUGUCGGGCACGGCCAAGGCGUGCGCGCAGACGGUGCUGGCCGUGCUCCAGUUCGAGGAGACCAAGAGCUUCCUGUGGUGGGGCAGCAACCUGCUGGUACUGGGCGGCUCCUUCGCCUACACCUGGGUCCGGGGCUGGGAGAUGAAGAGGACCCAGCAGGAGCCCGGCCCCCGGGAGGAGGAGAAGAGCAGCCUGGGGGUCUGAGCUCACCCGAGGGGGCGCCGCCCAGCCCUGGCAUUGACUGAGAGGGCAGCCUGGAGCCCGCCGCAGGGCGUGGCCGUGGGCCUGGUUUACAGCGCUCUUGAUCAGAGUCUGGCAGCUGAAAUGCCUGUCAGGACCCGCUUGUUCCGGGAUUUAUUUUUUUUUGUUCCCCCCCACCCAAGGGUGGUGGGACCCCCGCGGGAAGAGCCAGUUAGGUUCUCCGGAAAAGCAUCAGCUCUUGGGGUGGAGGAUGGGGGGGACAGCACCCCCUGGACACCCCGAUCCUCGGCCUUCUACCUCCAUGUGACCUUCAGGGUUGGGGUCGGAACGGGUGAGGUCACUGGUAUGCACUUACUCUCAGGGCAGAUGGGGGUACCCAGCACACAACCCCCGCCAAAAGGGAUCCAGGGUGGGCGGGUAGCAUCACCUGGGCCCUUGGAGCAGCCCCCUGCACACAGAAGCACGGGCUGGGCCCCGGGAGGAGCCGCACGCACAUGCCUCUUGCCCGUGUGGACUGGCAGGCCCUGUGGGAGGGGUGCAGGGUCUGGUGUCCCCCUGCCUCACCCCGGUGCCUCCAGGGCCUGCUGGGCAGCAGCCGGGGAGCGAUGCCCUGGGCCGUAGGGUAUGGCCCACCACGGGCAAGUGCCCUUUUCCCACCAUCGGCACACGGGAAGCACACAGCGUCUGGCUGAGCAAGGGCAUGAACCACAUUGGUUUUCCCGCCCCCAAGGUGUCAGGUCCCCUCUGCUGGCCCCCGGCCCCUGCCCAGGGACCUGGCUCAGGUCUCCGCCUCCUGCAGGUGAAGGUACAGGAGCUGCUCUGCCUUCUCCCCUCUCCAAAUGCAUCAGCCCCAGGCAGGGCUGAGGGACCCCAGGCCCCCUCCCUGGGGGCAAGUGUUACAACAGAACCGAACCAGAACCUUCUCUUCUGAGGUGGGGGUGCUUGUCCCCCCACCACCCCACCCUGACCACGGGGCGUCUCUCACCGGCCCGUCCCUUCUGGGGGCACUCUCCCACCCCUCUCAUGAGGGAUAACUCGCCGUGCUUCGAGCCAAGGCGGGGGAGGGUGGGUUUUCUACCAGGACCCCCCAGAAUCCAGCUGGUUUUUAAUGAAGUUGGGGCUGAUGCCCUGGGUGGUAGUGUAUGAUUUCAUUAAAAAUCCAAGGAAGAUUCCAUGA